AUGGGCAACUGGGCUCAUACCCCAUUAAAAUGUUUCGUGGGAGCUUGGAGCAUCAUCAAUGCCACUCUCACGAACAUGACAACCGGCGACCCAGUUCUGACCUGGCAUACUGUCUAUCCAGAUGGUAUCAGUGUAUACGCCGAGACCGGAUAUAGCUCCUUGAUUAUGACUGCGAACGAUACUACACAGAGAGCGGUUCGUCCGACUGAGCUUGAGCUUCCUGCCCAUUCCACCGAUAAUAUUGCGAGGUGGGCGCUGGUGGGACAAUAUAGUCUAUCUACAGGUGGCCCCUUUGAACUUCACCCCGAUAAGGACACACACAAUGGAGCUCCUCUGUUUACCGGCGCCAUUACGAAUCAUAUCACGACAGCUACGCUGCCGAGCUUAGUCGGUCGCUCUGAGAAUAGCUUGUUUGAAUUCUUUGGUGAAGAUUGCAAUGGUCAUAUCCUCCGCUACAGAUUUGCCGACCUCCUCCAGACAGUAUACUUCCAACGUCUGCCAAACCACAACAAAGAGAAAAAUAAAGAUGGAUGA